CAACUGCGGGGUCUUAAGAGUCCUCCAGAUUUGUCUGCCUUGUCCUCAACUGAACGACAUCUAUUGAUCAAUUCAUGCCGUGGUGCUGCCUGCUCUGCAUUCUGUCCAUAUCCCCCAGCUCUGCUGUGAAUUUCUUACAAAGCUGCCUUUUGUCGCAGUAGCAGGCAGUCUCUCCUGGUGGGUUGACGCUCAUCGUGCUUCACCCUUACGAGGCAGUGACAUCGUGCAAAUCCAUGGUCAGCCUUCCUACACUGGCAUGUCCUGAACCACCGAUCUGGGUCCCAAACCGGCUGGAAGUUGCAACACUGUUUUAACCUCAUCCGCAGCCCCCAGAAAGGGACUUUUAGGUUGGUGCCCAACGCAACUACAAGGGCAAGGACGAAGCUCAAGCCAGCAUCACACCUGCACCUGCUGCUAACGAACGGCUCGACCUCGAGUACCCUCAGAUCCCCCUCCAUCUUUCACUUGAAUCUCUGCUGGUUCAUUCCUCCUCUUCCUCGCUUUCGAUCUCUAAUCCUAACAUGUCGCUCCUUGAAGCGAACGCACCUGCUCUCGGCGACAGUUGGGCGUCUCUCACCGAUGUCGAAUCCUCGAAUGAAGAAGAUUUACGCUCGGAGAUAACUGAUGUCGGCUCUCUGCUGGAUGUCCACACCUCGGAUGAUGUCCGCAGCAUUACCGAAGAAGCAAAUGUUGAGGAAUCCACAAAUGAUGGCGGGCCUCUUCGGGGAGAGCCAUGUGGAGAACUACCCUCCGAAGGAAAUACACUCUCAGGAUCGUCAGUCGUCGAUGUCCACCGAGCCAACGGCGUCGGAGCAGGUUCUGAAGAUGCCAUGUCCCUCAAUGCCGUAAGCCGCCAUAUUCUCGUCCGACCUCUCACAGAACCUGAAAAUCAAAAAUUGCGCCAAUCAUUCUCUGAUGGCCUUUCGGACAAGUACUUGAGUAUUAUACACAUGCCGUUGCUAACAACCGGACUGGGCCUGGACGCUCUCAAUUACUUCAAAGUGCUCCUCUUAGGUCGACAUGUAGAGCAGUUCAAGCCCGAGAUUCAGAGAAAACUCGGCGAUUCUCUGGUCUCGCAAAGAGACACAAAUGCUGAUACACGCCCAACCUCUCUGUCCAGGUUUCAUCUCGUCCCGAGUUGCUUUGGGCCUGGCUCAGAACCAGAAUUCGCCGAUCUCGUCGCCAUUGACAAGCAGAUUGAUUUUGAAUGCUAUGAUGUUGUCGAGGCAGGAAGCUCUACUGUGCCAUUAUCUCUGAAGAAUAGUCAGUCAGGUACAGAGGUGACCUCCGAAUGGAAUGGCCGUGGGUUCGCUGUGUCCACACCUCGCUGGAUCCCGCCUGACAUUGCGAUUAUCUGUGUACACAUUGACGGCAACAACAAUCUGGACAGAGACAGCCGCAAUAUGAUUACAUUCGCAGACCGGCACGGCAUUCCCACCAUUCUCAUUCGUAUGGACCGAGGAUGGCAGGGCUACUAUGGCCAUGCGUUGACAACGAACCAGCUGUACGAGACCAUCGAAAGUGACGGUGCGCUAACAUCACUGGGAGCUCGGAAGCUAAUGUCAAAAUUUCCUGUUGAUAUGGCAGCUUUCUUGAACCUUGAACCUAUUCUACUCAACAAACACGUGGCGUACCUCGUAUCCUCAUCGACAGCUUCUGGGUCUGACGACUCUUUCCUGUACAGCCUACAGGGCACGACCACCAGAAAGCCAUCACGCUAUUGGAGUCGACCUCAGGCCGUCCAUGGCUCUCCACUGAGAAAUAUCCUUAUCGUUCUUUGGGUUAUUGGCGUUUAUGCCUUUCUCUGCGCUCAGCUGUGGCCUCUGGCAACAGAAAGUCUGUCAAGUAAAUCAGUCAACAAAACAAUGGCAUCUGAAACUUUGCUUUCUUCCCACACUCACAUGCCCAGUCAGACAUCCGAAGACGUCCAUAUCGGUGCUGGAAACCCACAGCCGACUGACCCCGCACCUGCCAUCUAUUCCACCAAAUCACCGGUCCAAGUGCGUGACGAUGCCAUGCAUUUCCAGGUUGCGGUCGUUUCCAACGGCAAGCUAAUGGUCAACUUGCCCAAGGUGGCUUUGCGUCGCAAGAAGCGCUCUCCCCUGGCCGUUGUGCUGACCAAGGCAAACCGUAUCCUUCCCACUGAGAUCCACGAACUCUUCGACGGCGUGGUCAGUGUCCAGUUCGCGCCAGAUGAGGCUUAUGGAGACAUUGAGGUCAACUUGACCAUGAUCAGACCGCCCUUGAGUGAGCUUCUGACCGUAUCACUCGGAGCAUCACCUGCCCGUGGCCGGAAGGCCUUUGGUUCUGUCGUGCAGGCAUUCAACAGCACUCUAAGACAGGCAAUGUCUCUCAUUCCAACUUAUCUACCCAGCGUUGAAUUCAAUUCUCCUCUUUCGAACCGUACUCGGGACCUCCAAAGCAUACAAAGAGAUCUGAAGCAGAGCAUCAAGACACUCUGGACAAAGUCGAAGGAUUCAGCCCAGAGUCGGGUUACAGUGGCCUGGGCAACAUUCUUGAAUAACACAACGAGUUCUUAUUCUGGCCUGAAAUGGAUGAAAGGAGCUACCGCCGAGCAGGGGGCCAAAAUUGUGAGGCAAGCUACAGGGGAGAUCUACAAUGCUCAGGCGAUAUUGCGGAAGCUGCUCAACUCUUUCCAAGCGUCUCAACUACCAGUGGAUCUCAACUCUGAUGCGGUUACGAAGAAAUUGAGUGCUGCACAAACCAAAGCCCGGCACAUUGUGUUUAAUGCUGCUAAGAAGCUACAAUCGCGUAGGGGCAGCCGAUAAGCGGAUGUGGAAUUCAAAGUCGAGCAUACGGGGAAAGGUGUUAUCGGGCGGCUUAAACUUCAACCGGUGGGAAACCCGGGAAUAUGACUUAUUACUAUGACAGCUUUAUGGCGUUGGCUAAGACGAAUGGAAGACGGGUUUCUGGGCUAACGAGUCAAUCUGGCUACGUUUGCUGAGCUGAUAUGAAGGCCGAGGCCUACCUCUGAUGAUGGAGUAUCAACCAGAUAAUUAGCCGAGUAAUGAAGAUUGAGAUGGUAAAGGGAUGAUGACCACUGCUCGGAAUUACCUUUGGAUAUCGAAAGUGCCGGUCAUAACAUCGUAGACAGUCAA